AUGGAGGCAAUAAUUUGGAAUGUAAGAUCAGUGAAUACAAUGCAAGCUUUUGAAAGACUGAUCUUAAUGCACAGGCAGCAUCAUUUUGAAUUCAUUGGAAUAUUAGAACCUAUGCAACAGUCAAACAAAAUGGAGAGAUACAGGGCAAGAAUUGGUUUGGCUCAGGCUGUGGUUAAUGUAUCUAAUAAAAUAUGGGCAUUCAUAGAUGAAGUGUAUGAGGUGACAAUUCUGUACAACAUGACUCAACAGUUGACUCUCAAAUUGUUUCACACAGAAACUCAUAUAGAGCUUAUACUUACUCUAGUGUAUGCUAAAUGUGAUGCAAUAGAGAGGAUAGAACUAUGGGAUUCUCUUUAUGCAAUGGCUACUGAUAUGACUUCUCCUUGGCUUGUGGGAGGGGAUUUCAAUGUUAUAUGGGAUGAGGAGGAAAAGUUUGGUGGCCUCCCUGUUCAUUUAAAUGAGAUUGAUGAUUUUAGGCAUUGCAUUAACACUUGCAACCUCACAGAUCUGGGUUUCAAGGGAAGUAUUUACACAUGGUGGAAUGGAAGAUCAGAAGAGGAUUGUAUUUUUGAAAGACUUGAUAGAUGCUUGGGUAAUUUAGAGCUGCAGCAAACUUUUCCAGGACUUGAGAUUACACAUUUAUCAAAAAUUGGAUCAGAUCACUGCCCACUGUAUCUGAAAUGUGACAUUGAAUCUGCUCCAAUUAGGAAGCCCUUUAGAUUCCUCAACUUCUGGACUAAGCAUGACACUUUCAAAGAUGUGGUGAGAGAAAAUUGGAAUGCAGAUUUUGCUGCAAAUCCUUUCAUACUGUUCAAUUAUAAGUUGAAAAAAUUGAAGAAAGCACUUUCCAGUUGGAGCAGAGCAACAUAUGGAGAUAUCUUUCAGAAAAUUGCCAGUUUAGAAGAGGUUGUUUUAGUACAUGAGAGGCAGUUUGAGGCAUUUCCUACUCAGAUGAAUAGAGAAAGGUUGCACAAGGUUAAGGCAGAAAUGAUUAAGUAUCUUGCUGUGGAAGAAGAAUUUUGGAAGCAGAAAGCAGGCAUGUUAUGGUUUAAAGAUGGGGAUAGAAACACAAAGUUCUUUCAUGCUCAAGUGAGGGGUAGAAGAAAGAAACUACAGCUGAGAAGGAUACAGAAUAACAUGGGCAUCUGGAUAGAGGAGGAGGAGCAAAUUGCAGAAGAAGCAGUCAGCUUUUACAAGGACCAAUUCACAGAAUCAGUAGUACCUUCAACCUUUCACAUCAUUGAUCAUGUUCCAACUUUGGUGGAGGAAGAGCAAAAUGCAAGAUUAACUGAGUUACCAACAAAAGAGGAAGUCAGAAAGGCAGUAUAUGGAUUGAAUGGGGAUUCAGCAGGAGGACCUGAUGGCUUUACUGGGGCUUUUUAUCACACAUGUUGGGAUAUUGUUGGAGAGGAUAUUUAUGCAAUGGUGCUGCAAUUUUUCUGUGGCCAACAGCUACCAAA